GAAAAUGUUUUGUUUCUAUCGGUCACACACUUCAGAGAAGGCAAUGGCUGUGAAGCAUUUUUCGUUUUUCAAAGUUUUCGUGUUUUUACUUUUGAUAUUUGUUUACUUAAGUGAAGGAAGAGUGAAACAGCCAAGACAUGUUGCAUCAGAUGAGAUCAACGAAAUUGGAAACCGAUCAGCUGUACCAACUUCUCAAACGGCUUCUCUCUCGGAAUAUGUUAGUUCUGGUGUAAGCACAGUCAAGCGAAUGAUUGACGCACUACCUAGUCCGUACCAAGUCAUACAUUACGGAAAACAAGCGUUAAUCGGAGUCCCCGAAGAAAUGGCAUCGGAAGCAAGACGAUUUUUGUGUUCCAAGGUUGUAAAAUUGAACGAUAUAGUCAAGGAAUACCAUCCAAAAGCGGACGAUUUGAAUUUUGAGUAUCUUACAUACGAUUCGGACAAUGUAACAAUUGCAUUGAGCGACACUGAAUAUUUGUUUAAUCAUCCGAAGUUUCGUAUGAACUGGAAUGUGGUUCUAUUUGUAACCGGUUGGAAUGUGAAUGCAUCAAAUGAAACGGUUACAGCAAUGUACGAUGGUUACAGAUGCCGUGGAGGAUAUAACUUUUUGGUCUUGGACACUUCCAAAUUUCUUGAUUCAAUGUACGCUUGGUCAGAAUUUAGUGCCGAACCGAUUGGCGAAAUAGUUGGUGAUGCGAUUAAGAAUCUGACUCGAUUCGUACCUUAUGAAAGAAUUCAUUUGAUCGGAGAAGGUAUCGGUGCUCACAUUGCUGGAACAGCAGGACGUUACUACACCAAAAUGACGGGAAACGCACUUCCUCGAAUAACUGGACUCGAUCCAUCUAGACCAUGCUUUAGUGAAGAUGAUCGACCGAACGGCCUGCAGCGAGGUGAUGCGCUGUUCGUUGAUAUUAUUCACUCAAACGUAGCGAUGAUGUGGAGACUAGACCCUAUUGGAGAUGCUGAUUUUUAUCCCAAUGGUCCGAGUAUAAUCCAACACGGUUGCUGGUCUACUUCUUGCACUAGAAAUCAAGCUUAUCAAUUUUACGUUAAGACGAUUUAUCCCGGAAUGAAUAUUCGUUCAAUGCAACAAAAU